AUGGCUGCCACAACACGCUUCACCUCGCUUCUCUUCGCUCUCGUAGCCGCUCUCGCCGUCCUUACCAUCUCUGCUUCAGCCAAGUCAUGCUCUGCGUCCAACAAGUGUGGGGCUGACGCACCAUGCUGUUCUACCUACGGCUUCUGCGGUGCAUCCACAGCUCACUGUCUCGGCGCCUGCGACCCUAGUUCAUCCUUCCAGCCUUCCUCUUGCAAGCCCAUGCCCAAGUGCAAGCCUCAGACCAUCUUUUUCGCCAACAACGCCAAGCCAUGGGUCACAUCCUCAUCUUAUCGUGGUGACCCCAAUCAGGCUCCUUUCACCCUCGAUGAGGGUGUCCUUGAACCCUCCAAGUCGGGUGCCAAGAUGAUCCUCACCAAAAAUGGCGCAGCUAAAAAGGGAACCUUGCUUAGCACUACGAGAUAUUGGUACUACGGUCAAGCGAGUGCCGUUAUGAAGCACGGCAGCUGGGAUGGUGUGGUCAACACUUUCAUCGGCAUGUCCAGUACUAAGGACGAGAUCGACUGGGAAUUCACAACAAGCGACAGCCAAGACGUCCAAACUAAUUGGUACUGGUCCGGCCAGCCCGAAGGCUACACCCACGGCUUUUCAGUUCCCGGCUCGACCCUUGACAACAUCUCCAAACCCGUCCGCUUCGACGCCAACGAUUGGCACACAUACACUAUCAAUUGGUCUCCCAACCGUCUUCAAUGGAUCAUCGACGGCACUCUUGUGCGCACUCUUUACCGCAAAAACACUCUCAACUCCAAAGAUGGGCUCUACCAUUACCCUUCAUCCCCCAUGCGUCUACAACUGAGCAUCUGGGGUGCAGGUGAUGGCACGUUCCAGAAAGGUACCGUGGACUGGUCUGGCGGAUUGAUUGACUGGAGCAAAGCUCCCAACGGCAGAUUCGUCAACAUGAUCAAGUCUGUCACUAUCAGCUGCAACGAUCCUGAUGAUGUCAAGGACAACAGACCCAACUAUGCUUUCAGCGCUAAGCAGAUCAACACACUCAACGGUCAGCCUAAGGUGCUGGCCACUUCGAGGUCCUCUAUCAUCUCGUAG